CCCGCUUCGCUCUUGUGGUGCUUGAGGGUCGGGUAGCUAUCGCAAACUUCCAUACAUAUCCAAGACCUAACCGUCGUCUCUGUCAGCAACCCCCAGGGCACUCCUCCAACGUCACCUUCCGCAGUUUCUCUGAGCUUUUCCGGGAUAGAACCGUCAAGAUGGCUACUAUCGAUUUCCAGAAUAUUGCGACGCAGUUCGUCGAGCACUACUACACCACCUUUGACGCGGACCGCAAGAAUCUGGCUGGUCUCUACAGAGAAAACUCGAUGCUUACGUUUGAGAGCUCGCAAUCACUCGGCGUUGCUAGCAUUGUUGAGAAGCUCACGAGCCUUCCCUUCCAAAAAAUCACCCACAAGAUCAGCGCCCUCGAUGCGCAGCCCACACCCAAUGGCGGCAUCAUCAUCCUAGUGACCGGGCAACUUUUGGUUGACGAAGAGCAGAAUCCCCUUUCCUACUCGCAGGCUUUCCAGCUCUGCCAGGACCCGGCUGGCCAGUGGUUCGUCUUUAACGACAUCUUCAAGCUGGUCUACGGUUAAGUGCGAGUAAACCUGUCCCUGCGACCGACCUAGUGCCAGACGGCCGUGACGUCGCCUCGCCAAGGUUGGGUGGGACUCGUAGCGUCUCCUCUGGUUUGGUGAGGACGGCACGGAAAGAAAAGGACGUGGGGGGAAUCUGGGGCCGUCUCGUGUGCCGCUUCUGGUUCCCGUAAAGAAGCGGCGAGAAAGGGGCCGGGCGGGGGUGUGCAACAUCGACCGAGGAUAGGAUGAAAUUUGCACCUAGUGGGUGCCUCAAGUGAGUUUAGCUUGGUUCAAUCAAUACCAGAUGGAAUUGUGAGCCAUGCAAAUGGGGUUCGUAUGGGCGUGCUGCGGCCGAUACAGUUCUGUCUGUCGCCCUGAGCAAUGCCCGCUGC